UUCAGCCAAUGCAGUGAGGGAGAAAGACGGGUCAGAGUGACAAUGAAGGAACUUCUCUCUAUUCAGUUGCUUUGGCUUCUCCUUUCUUUUCACUCCACCAUAGGUGCUGAUGUCCUGAGGCUGGUGGAUGGAGACAGCCCCUGUGCUGGGAGAGUGGAGAUUAAACACCAGGAUCAGUGGGGGAUGGUGUGUGAUGAUGACUGGGAAAUGGAAGAUGCUGAAGUUGUUUGUAGGCAGUUGGGAUGUGGAACUGCUGUUAGUGUCCAUGAUCAAGCUCAUUUUGGGUCCAGUUCUGGGCCAAUUUGGCUGGAUGAAGUUGCCUGUGAUGGUACUGAGUCAUCUCUCUUGGAGUGCAAACACAGAGGAUGGGGUGUGCAUAGCUGUGAUCAUCAUAAACCUGCUAGAGUCACCUGUUCAGGUCAUAUUACACCCCGACUUGCUGGAGGGGACAGUGUCUGCUCAGGACGUGUUGAAGUAAGACAUGGAGAAGAAACAUGGUCUACAGUCUGUGAUUCCCACUUCAGUCUCAAUACUGCCAUUGUUAUCUGCAACGAACUAAACUGUGGAACAGCCAUAUCUAUCCUGGGAGGAGCUCAGUUUGGAGAAGGAAAUGGGACAGUCUGGAAUGAAACAUUCCCGUGUGUAGGGAAUGAAUCCCACCUUGUGUAUUGUCACAGAACAUCACAUGUGAAUCAGACAUGUGGUCCUGCUAAUGUUGUCAGCAUCAUAUGCUCACGGUUCCAGCUGGUGAACGGCAGCACACAGUGCUCAGGGAGAGUGGAGAUCCAGGCGCAUGGUGCCUGGGGAGCCCUGUGUGACUCGCAUUGGGACUUAUCCAUCACCAAUGUCCUUUGCAAUCAGCUUGACUGUGGAUUUGCCAUAUUGGCUCUGGGCGAAGGAUACUUUGGGGAAGGAAAUGGCUCUGAGUGGACAGACUCACUUCAUGAUAAGAGUUCUGACCCGCACUUGGGUCACAACCCUGUUACCACGUUAGAGGCACCUCAAUGCCCACAUGGUAAUGAUGCCAGUGUAAUUUGUUCAGGAAACAGGCAGAUCAGACUGGUGAAUGGGUCAGAUCAUUGUGCCGGAACAGUGGAAAUUUAUUACAAUGGCACCUGGGGGACAGUCUGUGAUGAUUCCUGGGACCUGUCAGACUCCAGUGUUAUUUGUAGAGAACUGGGAUGUGGACACGCCAUCAGUGCAACUAUCGCUGCACAUUCUGCGGAAGGAUCUGGGCAGAUCUGGCUGGAUAAUGUAAACUGCUCUGGGAGUGAAUCCAGUCUCUGGGAAUGUCCAUCUGGAGGAUGGGGUUUGCAUAACUGCAGGCACAACGAAGAUGCAGGAGUUGUCUGUUCUGGGAAAAACAAACAGAUCAGACUGGUAAAUGGAAAGGAUCACUGCUCUGGGAGAGUGGAGAUUUAUUACAAUGGCACCUGGGGGACAGUCUGUGAUCAUUCCUGGGAUCUAUCAGAUGCCAACGUUGCUUGCAAACAACUGAGAUGUGGACAUGCCAUCAAUGCAUCUGUCUCUGCUCCCUACGGGCUAGGAUCUGGGAAGAUCUGGCUGGAUGAUGUGAAUUGCUCUGGGAAUGAAUCCAAUCUCUGGGUGUGUCCUUUCAGGGAAUGGGGUCAGCACAAUUGUGGAGAUCAUGAAGAUGCUGGAGUUAUCUGCUCAGGAAGUAAACAGAUCAGCCUGGUGAAUGGGGCAGAUCACUGUGCUGGCAGGGUGGAAAUUUAUUACCAAGACACCUGGGGGACAGCCUGUGAUGAUUCCUGGGACCUAUCAGAUGCCAACGUUGUUUGCAAAGAACUGGGAUGUGGACAUGCCAUCAAUGCACCUGUUUCUGCUCAUUAUGGGCAAGGAUCAGGAGUGAUCUGGCUGGAUGAUGUGAACUGCUCUGGAACUGAAACCAACCUUUGGACAUGUCCUUCCAGGGGAUGGGAUCAGCACAGCUGUGGGCAUCAUGAAGAUGCAGGAGUGCUCUGCUCAGAACACAAACAGAUCAGACUGGUAAAUGGUGCAGAUCAUUGCUCUGGGAGAGUGGAAAUUUAUUACAGUGGCAUCUGGGGAACAGUCUGUGAUGAUUCCUGGGAUCUGUUGGACUGCAAUGUCAUUUGCAAACAACUCAGAUGUGGACAUGCCAUCAGUGCAACUGUCUCUGCUCAUUAUGGGGAAGGAGCUGGGCAGAUCUGGCUGGCCAAUAUGAACUGCUCUGGAACUGAAUCCAGUCUGUGGACCUGUCCUUCCAGGGGAUGGGGCCAGCAUAACUGUGCACACUCCAACGAUGCAGGAGUUAUCUGCUCAGGUAGGUUGUGCAAGGGCUCUAUUUUAACCCAAACAACAGAGUAUUGAUAGAGGUGAAUUUAACUUACAGAAUUUUAUUUAAAUAAAUAACAUA